AUGUUGCCAUACCCACGCCGCACACACUACGGGAGCUCUUUAGUCAUUUGUACCGAAGCGCAUUUCUCGAAACAGAGGAGGAAAUUAUGUGACGGCACAGGCGACGUCAGCCGCAGCUCCGCUUGUUUACAGCUACACAUUUUUUGUAUUUAUUUUUUUUUGGGUGAUGGCUUCCGUGAAGAUGUAUUCGUUCAAGAACUACGACGCAGUACGAAAUAUGUCUUUGCCUCUACAAAAGAUGGUGAGACGUUGUCAGCAAACAACGCGCUACUUAACGCUAUGUGGAUCCUCGCGCCACGUGGAAACAGUCAAUUCCGUGGCGGAGCAGGUGUACGGAGCAUGCAUCUGGAUGAAUGGAAACUCAUAAUACUCGGCAUGUCUUUUGAGAUUGCCGUGUACGACUUCACAUCAGAAGCGAAAAGGGGCCAGCAGGGGAUUUGGGUUACGCCGCUCUUGAUGCUGAGCUUGUAA